CCCGACACGGCCCCCCCCCUCCCGCCCCGGGAUACGCGGUCCCGCUGAGCCCGGGCAGCGGCGGCUGCUAGGAACGAGGCGAAAGCUGUCCCCGCAGCCCCCAUCGCAGCUUCCUAUCGCCACAGUUCCAGCCCUGUUACAUCUGCUUUGAUUCACCCUGCUUCCCAUCGGAAAGCUUCCCAUCAGAAAGCACAAGCCCAGCAGGACAGACGAGUGGUCUCCAUGCUCACCUUUGUGGGCGCCAGCCACCGUACAAAUGACUCCACUCUCAGACACGAGGAAUCUGAGAUGAGAGCGAGCUAGAUUUUGAUGAUCAUCUUGACACCAUUUCUUUCUUCUGUAUCUUGACAGGAUAAAAAUCUUGAUCAUGCCUCGUAGCCCAACAUCAAGUGAAGAUGAAAUGGCACAAAGCUUUUCCGACUAUUCUGUGGAAUCUGAAUCUGACAGCUCCAAAGAAGAGACUAUUUAUGACACAAUUAGAGCAACUGCAGAAAAGCCAAGCAGCAGGAUGGAAGAUAGUCAGAGCAACACAUUAGUAAUUCGAAUUAUAAUACCUGAUCUGCAGCAAACGAAAUGCAUUCGAUUUAACCCGGAAGGUUCAGUGUGGGUUGCAAAGCAACGGAUUUUGUGCACUUUGAAUCAGAGUUUGAAAGAUGUCCUGAACUAUGGAUUGUUUCAGCCAGCAAGCAAUGGUAGAGAUGGGAAGUUUUUGGAUGAGGAACGACUUCUUAGGGAAUACCCACAGCCAGUGAACAAAGGAGUUCCUUCCCUUGAGUUUCGAUACAAGAAGAGAGUGUACAAACAGUUCAAUCUUGAUGAAAAACAGCUGGCCAAGCUUCAUACAAAGGCUAAUUUGAGAAAAUUUAUGGAUCAUGUCCACCACCUCUCAGUAGAAAAAAUCACAAAGAUGUUGGACCGAGGACUGGACCCAAACUAUCAUGACCUAGAAACUGGAGAAACCCCCCUAACUUUGGCAGCUCAGCUUGACAAUACAGUGGAAGUGAUAAAAGCUCUGAAAAAUGGAGGAGCGCAUUUAGACUUCAGAGCCAAGGAUGGAAUGACAGCUCUCCACAAAGCAGCCAGGGCCAAGAACCAAGUAGCCCUGAAGACUCUUUUAGAGCUUGGAGCAUCUCCUAACUACAAAGACAGCUGUGGACUGACACCACUGUAUCACACUGCUGUUGUGGGAGGAGAUCCCUACUGCUGCGAACUGUUACUUCACGAACACGCUACAGUCAGUUGCAAAGAUGAAAAUGGAUGGCAAGAAAUUCAUCAGGCUUGCCGAUAUGGACACGUCCAACAUCUUGAGCAUCUCCUCUUCUAUGGCGCUGAUAUGUGUGCGCAGAAUGCCUCGGGAAACACAGCGCUGCACAUCUGUGCCCUGUACAACCAGGAGAGCUGUGCAAGAGUGUUACUGUUCCGGGGAGCCAACAAGGAGAUUAAGAAUUACAACAGCCAGUCUCCAUUUCAGGUGGCUAUAAUAGCAGGAAAUUUUGAGCUCGCUGAAUAUAUCAAGAAUCACAGGGAAGCUGAUAUUGGAUCCUGCUACCCAUAUCCAAGUAGAAGUCCCCGGAAUCUGUUGCUGGCAGUGCCCUUUAGAGAGGCUCCCACCUAUUCAAACAGAAGGCGGAGGCCACCAAGCACCUUAGCAGCACCUCGGAUCUUGCUUCGUUCCAACAGCGACAACAAUCUGAACAUCAACAACCUCCCCAGCUGGUCAGCCGCCUCGUCUGCUUCUUCACACCGCAGCCUUUCACCUCAUCUACUUCAACAGAUGCAGAAUAAUCCUAAUGGAACUGUAAAAACUGUGAGGAGUUACACUCCGUCCUCCCGGAGCCGGUCGCCAUCCCUAAACAGGCUGGGAGAGGAUGCCAAACGGCAGCAGCACAGGCACAUCAGUGCCGUUUACAAUCCUAGUGCCAACAAGGAUACACUGUCUGCCUUGGAUUAUCAGGGUCCAAAACGCAAGCUUUACAGUGCUGUACCUGGAAGACUUUUUAUUGUCGUGAAGCCAUAUCAACCUCAAGGAGAAGGGGAAAUUCAUCUGCACAAAGGAGACAGAGUCAAAGUUUUAAGCAUUGGUGAAGGUGGAUUCUGGGAAGGCAGCACCCGAGGACAUAUUGGAUGGUUUCCUGCAGAAUGCGUUGAAGAAGUUCAGUGUAAACCAAAUGAAAGCAAACCAGAAACACGAACAGAUAGAACAAAGAAGCUGUUUAGACACUACACAGUUGGAUCCUAUGACAGCUUUGAUGCUUCAAGUGACUGCAUAAUAGAAGAAAAGGCAGUGGUCCUGCAGAAAAAAGACAAUGAAGGAUUUGGAUUUGUGCUCAGAGGGGCAAAAGCUGACACACCAAUCGAAGAAUUCACCCCAACUCCAGCCUUUCCUGCUUUGCAGUACUUGGAAUCUGUGGAUGAAGGGGGAGUAGCAUGGCAAGCUGGCCUGAGAACUGGAGACUUUUUGAUCGAGGUUAAUAAUGAGAAUGUAGUGAAAGUUGGCCACAGACAGGUGGUGAACAUGAUUCGACAAGGGGGCAAUCACCUAGUUCUUAAGGUUGUCACAGUAACCAGGAAUCUUGAUCCUGAUGACACAGCUAGAAAGAAAGCCCCACCACCUCCUAAGCGAGCUCCAACCACUGCACUGACCUUGCGGUCUAAGUCAAUGACCUCAGAGCUUGAAGAGCUUGCUUCAGUACGGAAGAAGAAGGAUAUUCUCCCUUCACAUUUUGAAGGUUUGAAGAAGAGGAUUGUUUUUCGAGUCACACUAAAUAAGGUGGAUGAAAUAGUACCAGUUUCCAAGCCAUCAAGAAUUGCAGACACUGCAACUGUGGACUCAAGAGUGGCAACUAUUAAACAGCGGCCUUCUAGUAGAUGUUUUCCCUCAGCUACAGAUAUGAAUUCCAUGUAUGAGAGACAGGGUAUUGCUGUGAUGACGCCCACUGUACCAGGGAGUCCUCAAGGUCCUUUUCUGGGUAUACCUCGGGGUACAAUGAGAAGACAGAAAUCUAUAGGAAUAACAGAGGAAGAACGGCAGUUUUUGGCUCCUCCUAUGCUGAAGUUUACCAGAAGUCUUUCGAUGCCUGACACCUCUGAAGAUAUCCCACCACCACCGCAGUCCUUACCUCCCUCACCACCACCACCUUCUCCCUCUCUGUACAACUCACCCAAAUCCCCAACAUCAAGGAGCUAUGGAACUAUCAAACCUCCAUUUAAUCAGAAUUCAGGUUCAAAAAUUUCUUUGGUUAGGCCUGAGAACGUGGGAACAAUGAUAAGGGACAAAGGGAUCUAUUACAGACGAGAACUGGACAGAUACUCUCUGGACUCUGAAGACCUGUACAGUCGGAGCGCCGCAUCUCAGGCAACUUUCAGGAACAAGAGGGGUCAGAUGCCAGAAAACCCAUAUUCUGAGGUUGGUAAGAUUGCAAGCAAAGCAGUUUAUGUGCCGGCCAAACCAGCAAGGCGGAAGGGGAUGCUGGUGAAACAAUCCAAUGUUGAAGACAGUCCAGAAAAGACCUGCUCUAUUCCAAUCCCAACAAUUAUUGUGAAAGAGCCAUCCACCAGCAGCAGCGGGAAAAGCAGCCAAGGGAGCAGCAUGGAAAUUGAUCCUCAGUCUUCAGAGCAACCUGGGCAACUGCGACCCGAUGAUAGCUUAGGUGUCAGCAGUCCAUUUGCAGCAGCCAUUGCUGGAGCAGUAAGGGAUAGGGAAAAGAGGCUGGAAGCAAGGCGUAAUUCUCCAGCCUUCCUUUCCACAGACCUAGGAGAUGAGGAUGUUGGACUAACGCCACCAACACCACGUAUGAGGCAAUCUAAAUUUACAGAUGAAGCAAUGUUUAGUGCUGAAGAUGGUUUUAGACAGCUUAUGUCACCAUCUCCGAUUCCCGCACCUAGGGAACCUGAAAAUAUUUUUAAUAGCAGUGAACCCAGCAAUCAGAGUGAUUCAAGGACAUUAAAUGCUUCGUCCAAAACGAAAGGUACUGAAAACAGUACAGCGGCAGCUAAAUCCACGAAUGCAUCCAGCUCAGAUAAUUAUGUUCACCCAGUCACAGGAAAGCUAUUAGAUCCAAACUCACCGCUAGCCCUUGCUCUCUCUGCCAGGGACAGAGCCAUGAAAGAACAAACACAGCAGAUUCCAGGCAAAGGAGACACUGUUAAAGCUGACCUUAAUAAACCACUUUACAUCGAUACAAAACUGAGACCCAAUAUCGAAACGACUUUUCCUGUUACGGCUACUGUCACUAGGCAAAAUACUCGUGGCCCAUUAAGAAGGCAGGAGACCGAGAACAAGUAUGAAACAGAUGCAGGGAAAGAAAAGAAAGCUGAGGAGAAGAAAAACAUGUUAAUAAACAUUGUGGAUACUUCACAGCAAAAGUCAGCUGGCUUGUUGAUGGUUCAUACGGUGGACACAGCAAAGUCAGAUGAUGCACCAGAAGAGGAAGAGGAAAAGAGAGAUGAAAUGGAACUGAACCCUGAGGACUCCCCACCAGAGAGGCCAGAGGGCAGCGAGGAAGCAGAGAGUGAGCUGAAUGUGCCUGCUGCCCCUGAGCCACCGGCAUCUCCCUGCAAAACCAUUGUAGCAGCGAGCUCUGUUGAUGACCCUGUCAUCUUGCCAUUCCGCAUCCCUCCACCACCCUUAGCAUCAGUUGAUAUUGAUGAAGAGUUUAUUUUUACUGAGCCACUACCACCCCCCUUAGAGUUCGCCAACAGCUUUGAUAUCCCUGAUGAUCGCACAGCUCCUGGUUCAGCUCUAACAGACUUGGUUAAGCAAAGAAAAAAUGGCACGCCUUCACCCGAACCAUUUGCCCCCAGCCAGUCAACUAAUUCCUUAGACAGUAAAAAGCAAGUGGGUCUUUCAAACUGUUUGCCUGCCUCCUUUCUGCCACCCCCUGACAGCUUUGAUAAUGUCACUGACUCUGGGAUUGAGGAGGUAGAUAGUCGAAGUGGUAGUGACCAUCACUUAGAGACAACCAGCACUAUCUCAACAGUGUCCAGCAUCUCUACCUUAUCCUCGGAAGUGGGUGAGAACGUGGAUACUUGUACAGUCUAUGCAGAUGGGCAAACAUUUCUGGUGGACAAACCCCCAGUACCUCCUAAGCCAAAAAUGAAGCCCAUAAUCAACAAAAGCAAUGCACUUUACAAGGAUGCGCUAAUUGAAGAAACUGUAGACAGCUUUGUUAUUCCUCCUCCCGCUCCGCCCCCGCCUCCUAUCAGUGCACAGCCCAAUAUGGCUAAAGUUGUUCCCCAAAGGACAUCUAAGCUAUGGGGUGAUGUGACGGAGGUGAAAAGCCCAAUUCUCUCAGGCCCAAAGGCUAAUGUUAUUAGUGAAUUGAACUCAAUACUCCAGCAAAUGAACAGAGAGAAAUCCUCAAAGCCAGGGGAAGGAUUGGAGUCACCUACUGGAACAAAAACUGCAAGUCUCAGUACAAGGAGCACAGAAGUCAUGAGUACUGUCUCAGGUACACGAAGUACAACAAUCACUUUUACUGUCCGACCUGGAACCAGCCAGCCGAUCACACUGCAGAGCAGGUCCCCAGACUAUGACAGUAGGACCUCAGGAGCAAGACAUGCUCCAAGCCCUGUGGUUUCACCAACAGAGAUUAAUAAAGACAUCAUGCCUUCUCCUCUGGCUGCUUCUGCUUCAGCUUCAUCUCCUUCUCCGACUUUAUCCGAUGUAUUUAGCCUACCCAGCCAGCCCCCUUCUGGGGACUUAUUUGGCUUGACCACAGGGCGCAGCAGGUCUCCUUCUCCCUCAAUAUUACAACAGCCAAUCUCAAAUAAGCCUUUUACAACUAAGCCUGUCCAUCUGUGGACUAAACCAGAUGUGGCAGAUUGGUUGGAAAGUCUAAACUUAGGUGAACAUAAAGAAACAUUUAUGGACAAUGAAAUAGAUGGCACUCAUUUACCAAAUCUACAAAAGGAAGAUCUGAUAGACCUUGGAGUGACUAGAGUUGGGCACAGAAUGAACAUAGAAAGAGCUUUGAAACAGCUGCUGGACAGAUAAGAAUAGCUAUUUUGCCUCACAAACUUCUGUUGAUAACUAGAGAUGGGCUGGUACUGAAAUACCCCAAAUGCCUUGUCUGUCUGCGAGUGCCAGCAAAAUUGGGGGGGGGAGGG